UUCACGGUAUUGUGCGCUGGAAAACAGUAUAUAGAUGCUGUACCAAUGUACAUAUAAUUUGUAACUGCACAAGUUUGCACAUUUCUGGUCUCAUGUAUUUUUUACCAAAAUAUGAUGUCGUUGGGGUCAUGUUAUUUGCGGGUCUAAACUGUUGAAUUUUUUUUUUACAAAGUCAGCAAUUAUACCUAGAUUUAUUUCUAAGGAAAUUCAUUAUUGUGGAAAUUUAAAAUACUUCCCUCAAGAAACUUUUGGUAUAAUUCCCAACAAACCUCAGAAUUUUUCCGAUAACUUUAGGUUAUAAUUUACUUUGACAGCAUUUCGACAACCAAAAAAAAUAACCAUGGCUGGAUUGAGUGCCGAGACUGUACUAGAGAAAAUCAGCCAGGGGCAUCUGGAGUGUCCAAUUUGCUGCGAUCGAUUCAAUCAACCCAAGAUUCUGAACUGCCUGCAUAGCUUCUGCGAGGACUGUCUGGAGAAAAUGGUGGCUGGUCAUCCUGGUAAGACAGAGAUUAUGUGUCCGGUCUGCCGGCAGCAAACUGUCUUGCCAGAGAAGGGCAUUGCUGGAAUUCUCAACAACUUUUCCUUGUUGGCUCUGGUGGAUGAGGUCACCCAACAGGAAGAGCUGGUCAAGGGUCAACAGUCUAAGAUCAUUUGCGAGGAAUGCGAGGAACAAGAGGAGGCGACCUCCAGGUGUUUGGAGUGCAGGGAAUACCUCUGUGAGACAUGCCACAGCGCCCACAAGCGAAGCAAGAGAACCAAGAAUCACGAGACGGCGUCGAUUGACGACCUGCGCUCAGGAAAAGCUACUUUUGAGAGUCGGUUGAGGACCGAGGUGCCAAUAUGCCAGAAGCACACUUUCCAAGAGCUCAUCUUCUACUGCAAGACCUGCGCUUGUCUCAUUUGCUCAGCGUGCACGGCUCUGGAUCACCGGGCCCCGGACCACGAGGUGUGCGACAUCGCCGACGUUGUCACACCUUGCAAGGAGAAAGUGACAAAACUUGUCGAGCAGGCAGAGGGGUGCCUUACCGGGUUCAAAGCCGAGAAAGCAAAGGCUCAGAAGGCAUACACCAAGCACAAGAAUCUGACUGCGGGAAAGCUGGAUAUCAUCACCGAGAAGGCCGAGUUGGUAAUAGCACGGAUCCGCUGUAAUGAAUAUUUGCUGAAGGAUAAAGUCGUCCAAGUCUGCAGCAAGCAGGACCAGAACUUUGAAGACACUCUCGCAAGACACGAGGAAAACAUUAAGGAGACAAGCAAUGCAGUGGAGAGGGUGAAAACUGUGAUGGAACAACUCAACAAGUUUGACCUCCUAAAGCUGCAACAGAGUCUGUGUAAAAACCUUGAGGAUGCAACAAAGAGGACUGCUCCUCCUCCUGUAUGGGAACUGAUGCAGGAGGACUUCAAGCAGAGUGAUAAUUUCAACCCCGCAGAACUGGACAUCCUGUUUGGCGAAAAGCCACUUUCGGUUCCUGAACAAGUCAAAGCCAUGAAGGUUGGGAUAAAAGUGGUGCGAGGACCCGAUUGGGAAUGGGGCAACCAGGAUGGCUACCCGCCCGGUGAAGGAGAAAUAAGCCAGGAGCUGAAUGCCAAUGGCUGGGUCAAAGUUCGCUGGGCCCACCACCGUACGAUGCACAUGAACUAUCGGAUGGGCGCCGAGGGGAAGUAUGACCUGCAACUUGCUAUGCAGAAAGACUUUGGUCUAUAAAUCCAAGUUAAAUAAGUGCAUGGACUCCCUGCGAAAUUACCCCCGACAUUGCUGAAAGGAUUUGUUGAUAUGUAGGACCAUUGGACCCCAUCUUUGAUGAUUAUAGAAAUGAUUAUAGAUACAGAUGAUUAUACAAAAGGUUAAUAAUGCACAUAAAGUGUGAACCGUAGCCGGUCAUUAUGCACUUAUUGACUGA